AUGUCGUCCAAAUCUUCGGGACGCAUUGAAAAAGUGCGGAAAAAUAAGUAUUCAACACCUCAUCAAAAAAAACAUCGAUGGGAAUCCUUCUCUACAAAAAUCGCGAAAUUCAACUCGUUGCAGCCGCUGCGAAAAGUGCGAAGACACGAUCUCGACAAUGAAGAUCUCUCGACAACAACGUCGUAUUUUCAAAAUGGUCUCCUCAAAUGGGGCGAACUGAAUAUAUCGAAGCCGUUCACGUCUUUCAAACGAGAAGUGUCGCCCUUGUCGGAAAGUCUCCCUCAAAUCCUACAUUUCCAAGACAAGAUCAUGGGCCUCCUGGUCCAGUAUAUCUCGCUCCAAGAUAAAGAUGCGUUGGAGCCUUUGCUGGACCUCCUGACUGCCUUCGCUCAUGAUCUUGGCGUCAGAUUCGAAAAGUACUACUUGGAAAGCGUAAACUUGCUUCUCGCCAUCGCCGGAAAGCCUCAAGAUGUAGAAGUAAUUGAGUGGACGUUUGGUGCGAUGGCGUUUCUUUUCAAAUAUCUUUCGAAACUCCUCGUUCCCGACUUGCGACCCACGUACGAUCUAAUGGCGCCUUUGCUUGGACGUUCGCGGCAUCCACAACAUAUCGCUCGUUUCGCGGCCGAAGCCAUGAGCUUCCUGGUCAAAAAGGCAGCCGCUCCUUCUCAUCGAGAAGUCGCUCUCACAUCAUUCGUCGCCCGUGUACGAGACGACCUCGCAACUAUGGUUGGGAAUGGCCAGUUUUCCCUCUACAAUGACGGAAUCAUGACCAUGUUUGCCGAGGCUGUUAAGGGAGCCGACAACACCAUUCACUCAGUUGGCGGCGCUGUCUUCGGCGCCCUUGUGGAUGCCAUUCCUUUGAACGAACGUGAACUCGCCCGCGACACAGUCUGGACGGACGUCAUUUGCGGAGUCCUGACCAGUGUUGUCCAUCAUGCCACUGCAGACUCAAUGGGUGAGUUGAUGGAUGAAAUCCUGGCCAAGCUUCAAAGUAUAAGACUUGAAGUAGUAGAUGAGAAGGCUACAUGGAGAACUGUGCCCUCUUUCAGAAUCCUUGGUGUUUUGGCUGGAGUGAGGAGAGGCUCUAGACUCCGCAGCUGGGAUGGACUUGUUCGGGAAUCCAUCGAUACUUUACGCAUCACAGGUGAUGGCGCCGCAGAGGUUCGGCAAGACCAAGCUGACAUACUGUGGAGCUCCGUCAUUGUCAAACUCGCAAUCAUAUGGCACCACGCUCCGAUGGACGUUUUAUUGCCUCAUAUCUCGGUUCUUACUCAAAAGUUUACGAAGGAGCCCUUCAUGCCGUGGUUUAUUUCUUUUUGUGCUUAUUUUUGCGACCUUGACGCAAACCGAUUUGGCAGUUUGUUCCGAACUGAGUUUCAAAGAUAUGUUGCGGCUCACUGGUCACAAGGUCAGAAUGAGGACACUCUAUGCCUGCUGCUUCCUCGGAUGAUCAAAAAUCGAGCUUUCCCGCCUCUUGGCGAGAAGGACUGCUGCCGGCUUCCCCAGGCCUGGCAAGACCAAAUCGUAUCCAAGUUCGAGCGACUUGAAAUCUCGCCAUUUCCUGAACGUGGGCCAUACAACAAGGAUCCACAAGUGUGGCGAGAUAGGUGCCUGCCAAAGUAUGCCGGCUUGCUCCAGCUUCUGCAACUUACUUCUGUGCACCCUUCGACCAAUGCCAGAAUCGCGGAGCUGCUGUCCAGAAAGUUGAAAUUGGCUCUUCGACCUUCGUCAUCCUUGGCGUCUGAUGAGGUGCAUUUCAUUAUCAGCCAGGGAUUCUGCGCUUAUCUGCGGAUGAGCAAGGCUGCCGGCAUCAGCGACGCGUCUUUAAGUCCUUUACUCCGCGCUGCCGUGCCCCGAUUUGUGCGGUCAGUCGGGUUUCUGGAGGCAUACCGGGCAUACCUACAAGACCAGAAGAGUCUUUGCACCCCGGACAGACCAGAUGCAGUUGCUGACAACGGUUAUACGACCGAAGAAGAAGACCCCUCCGUCAAGUCUCUGGUCGAAAAUCUGAGUUGUCCGAAUCAUGAAAUCCGACUCGUUUCGUUGGAACUGCUGAGGCAGUUGAGUCACGCAGAGGCAACAAUUGAAUGCGUGGAUAUAAUGCUUCAAAUCGAACAGACCCCAUUGAGUCAUGAAAACACCAGAGUCAUCGCAAUGCUUGUGCGCAAGAUUGGCCAGCAAUACAUUACCUUUCAUUCUUCCACCUGGUUAAAAGAUGCAAUUCCUAGGUACCUGUUUGGUCUAUUGACAGUUAAUCUCUCUCCAAUAUGGGAUGUAGCGGUCGAAAGCCUCGCCCAUCUAAGCCAGUCCAAGAUGGGCGAAGAGGCUGUUUCCAGCAUUGCGUUCCUGUGGAUCAGUCAUCCCUCUACGAGAUGGACACCACCAAACUCGGGUAGCACUGCCAGCAACAGGCGAAUCUAUACGGAUUUUGAAUGCACGGCACUGGGGAGCCUGGAACGGACAGCGAUUGCCAUUUUAGACUUGACCGAGAAGGCGGAUAAUGCAUUACUUGAAAAUUUUGAUGCAAAACAACACCUAGCGGCAUCAAUACCUGCAACUGCAAGAUCCAAAAGUCUCAGAGUUUUGAACGCUGUGCCUGCCGUUGCCGAAAAGCGCUCCCGCCAACUUGUACCUCAUUUUCUCUGUUGGGCUCUUGAGGAAGAAGAUGUUGAUAACGCAUCCCCAGAAGAUUCGUCACGAGACGAAGCGUCAAACUGGUCUCUAGCUGACCGAAAAGCUAUUCUUGGAAUUUUUGCGCAGUUUACCAACCCCAAAGUGCUAUAUCAACAUGAAAAAGUGUACGAUGCGCUUCUACUGCUGUUGGAAAACGGUGACAGCGAAGUACAGAAACUGGCGCUGAAAGCCGUUUUGACUUGGAAACAGGAUGGAGUGUAUGCUUACAAGGAGAAUCUCGAGUAUCUCCUGGAUGAAGCCCGCUUCAAAAAUGAACUGACGGUUUUUCUCCAAGACGAUAACAUUAUCAAGCCGGAGCAUCGCGCCGAGUUAAUGCCAGUGCUGCUCAGGCUACUCUAUGGUCGAACAAUUGCAAAAAAGGGUGCAGCCAGUGGCAAGAACGGAAUGCAAGCGACGAGACUUGCGGUGCUCCGGAACUUGUCGGUCCAUGACAUGGGGCAGUUCCUCGACAUCGCCGCCGGAAAGUUGAAGGAUGUUCAAGUCAUCGGCCCAAAGGCACAACAGAGAAAGCUGUUCAGCGAACCCGUGAUAACAACACGAAAGCAGGUCGGCUUCUUAAACAUGAUGUCGGCUCUCAUUUCGGAGUUGGGAACUCACGUUGAAUCAUACAUGACCAUUAUAGUCAACUCCGUGCUCUAUUGUCUUGUAUAUGCGUCUAGACAACUUCGCUCCAAGCCAGCCAGCGCGGAGGCGGAUGACGAGCAAAGCAGCGGGAAAACGAGCGAUUUAUCGUUGCUGAAGACGGCACGCUCAAUGGGUAUCAAGUGCAUUACGGCGCUUUUCCAGAACGCACAGAAAUUCCAGUGGGACCCUUAUCAAGAACUCAUAAUCGAGGAAGUUGUGGCUCCCAGACUUGACAGUCUUGCUGCCGAAACGACGCAAGGCGUUUCCGCCAUGCUUCAAUUAUUCUCUACUUGGUCAGCGUUACCAAAGGCGGCUAUGCUUCUUGGCCCGAAUAACAAUGUCUCAUUUCGAGGGGUUUUGCCCAGCAUUCUCGACUGCAUCUCCAUGGAGAAGACAAAGGAUGAGGUCAAGAUAUUCAUCCUCAACAUGUUCCAAAACUUGGUGAAGCUUGCAUUAGCCCCGGCAACCGAAUCCGAAUUUAAUGAGCUCAUAAGAGCUGAGCUUCUGGAAACCAACGCCGCUGCUAUUCUGUCAAAGAUCACCAUCGUAUUGCACUACAGUAACCUCAGCAAUGAACUCCUCGAGUCUUGCGUCGAGACUGUGCUUGCUCUUGCUCCUGUCUUGCAGGACCUGGGCAGCUCUCAAACAGUCAUUCGCAUGUCCAGUUUUCUUCUGCAACAACCUCCCCGACGAGUGAGACCAAAGACGAAGGGUCGCAUUCUCCUCAUCGUGGAGCGCUUCCUUGCCUUGCCUGACGCAGCCAAGGAUCGGGAACUGCUAGACCAGAUAUACAAUACCCUAGCUUCGCUGUUCAGCUAUUUCAAAGAUCAAGAGAAUCGUCAGUCUUUGUCUCAGGCGAUGAUCUCAAUUUCGAAGCAGGAUGCUGAAGUUGCCGAAGUCGCUAGCUUCUGUAGCGAGCUGAACACUUUUAAAGAGGCACGCAUUGAUGAACCUGACUACGACAGGCGACUUGCGGCCUUCAAUGCAAUCUCAACGACUCGAGUGACACCUUGGACUCCGAAGCAGUGGCUGCCAAUCGCUCACAACCUCGUCUUCUUCAUUGGCAUGGACGAAGAAUUCGGCAUCUUAUCCUCCAACUCUGCCGAUGGUAUGAGACGUUUGAUUCAGAAUGCAGCUGACUGCAAGUCUGAAGCCCUGAAACCAAUGUUUGACUCUUUAUUGCGAACAGUACUGCUGCCUGCCAUUUACUCUGGCUCCAGAGAGUCAUCGGAAACCGUUCGGAGAGAGUACUUACGCGUCAUGGGCUUUCUCAUCACCGUAAUGCCGGACUGGGAGCCGGUUGCGGACCUCUGUGGGCUUUUAACAGAACGCAAUGAAGACACCGCCGAGCCCUCUUUUUUCUUCAAUAUCCUCAGUCCGGCCACGUCGAGGCAGUUGGAGGCGCUGCGAACGCUGGAAGCUGCAAAUGCCGCGAAGCAGAUGGGCAGCCAGAACCUGGGGCAGUUCUUCAUACCGUUGCUUGAGCACUUCAUCUACGGCCGUGUCGAUGGCAGCGAUGACCACGGUCUUGGGGCGAAUGCGACGACCACGAUUGGCAGCUUGGCGCGAUCGUUGAGCUGGAAUCACUACCGCACAACGCUUUAUCGGUACAUAAGCUACGUUGAAUCCAGGUCUGAUAUGCAAAAGCAGACUGUUCGACUUUUGGGCAUAUUUGUGGAUGCAUUGGUGUCGUCUUCCGAGAGCGACAAGAGUGACGCCAUGAACCUCGACAGUCGUGAUGCUUCUCCAAGUUCAUCGAGACUUCAGCAGACGGUACCAAAAAUGUCCAAGUUGUCUGUCGAUAUAGUGGAUUACAUCCUUCCCCCGCUGCUGAAACAUUUGCACGAGAAGGACGAAUCCGAAGUCAGCUACCGUGUCCCGGUUGGUGUUGUCGUUGUGAAGCUUUUGACGUUGUUGCCAUCGGAACAAAUGGAGCAGAAACUAGCAGGAGUUUUAACAGACAUCUGCCACAUUCUUCGGAGCAAAGCUUGGGAAUCCCGUGAAAUGGCCCGAGAUACGUUGGUGAAGAUUGCUGUAGUCCUGGGGCCAUCAUUUUUAGGCUUCAUACUCGGAGAGUUGCGCGGUGCUCUCACCAAAGGCUAUCAAUUGCACGUUCUUUCUUAUACAAUGCACUCCAUCUUGGCCGCUACCGUGCCGACUUUUGCCCCCGGAGACUUGGAUCAUUGUCUGCCAGCAAUCGUCAAUGUUAUCAUGGACGACAUUUUUGGCACCAUUGGGCAAGAAAAGGAUGCUGAAGGCUAUACCAACCAAAUGAAGGAAAUCAAGAGCAGUAAAAGUCAGGAUUCCAUGGAACUAAUUGCCAAGAACGCGUCCAUCAUUCACUUGAUUCACCUUGUCAGGCCGCUGCAGGCGCUCCUGCUUCAAAAAGUGGACUUGAAGAUGGUUCGAAAGAUUGAUGGGUUAAUGGCACGCAUCAGUUCCGGCUUGUUGCAAAACCCUGCUGCCGACUCGCGGGACAUGUUGGUACUCUGCUACGAGAUCAUCCAAGACACGUACCGCUGCCAGAAGCCCGAAGAAUUGCAGAAAAUGGACCCGAGAGUCAGAAAAUAUCUGAUCCAGAGAGGAGCGAGGAAGAGUGGAGAGCGUGGUCGCACGGCCAAGCACACUCACAAGAUGGUGCGGUUCGCCUUUGACGUUCUUCGCUCAAUGUUCAAAAAGCAUGACGAUCUGCGGACAACCGUCAACGUCGCAGGCUUUCUCCCAAUCAUAGGCGACGCCAUUGUAGACGGCGAGGAUGAAGUCAAAAUAUCUGCUUUCCGUCUUCUGGCAGUCCUCGUCAAGGUUCCGUUGGAUUCCGAGGUUGGGGUUAGUCUCUACAAGGUCGCAGUCAAGGAAGCCGUGAAAAGUGUCUCCCAGUCGACGUCCACGCAGACGGGACUAUCGCAGGCGUCGCUGAAACUCUUGGCCGUGUUAUUGCGCGAACGCAAAGACGUGGCCAUCAAGGAGGCUGCCAUUGACCUGUUACUCGGGAAGCUGAAGGACGACUUUACAGAGCCCCUUUACAGACACGUCACCUUCAACUUCUUGCGCUCUGUCAUGGAUCGUCGAGUCGAGACGGCCAUUGUCUACGACACACUGGAUCACGUUGGCACAGUCAUGAUUAUCAAUGAUGACAAAGACACAAGGGACUUGGCUCGUGGCGCCUUUUUCCAGUUCAUCCGGGAGUACCCCCAAAAGAAGGCACGAUGGAGCAAACAGCUGAACUUCAUUGUGGCUAAUUUGAAGUACGAUCGGGAAGGAGGCCGUCUAUCCGUCAUGGAGACUAUCCACCUUUUGUUGGUGAAAUCGUCUGACGACUUCGUACAGGAGAUAGUUGCCACCUGUUUUUUACCUUUGUUCCUUGUUCUUGCCAAUGACGACAGCGAAAAGUGUCGCUUAUUUGCAGGGGAGCUUAUGAAGGAGAUUUUCCAAAGAGCUGACAGAGAACGUACACAGCAGUUUCUCGCACUGCUGCGGACGUGGCUGGACAAGGAGGACAACUCAUCAGUGCAGAGGCUAGCUCUCCAGAUGCUUGGCUAUUAUUUUGAAGGCCACGAUGAUGCUCGAAGCAACAGGAAGGAUUGCCGACUGGUGAUGAAGAAGGCUGCAGCCGUUCUCAAGACCGACGACGUCGAGGACGUGGAUGUCCAGCUCGUUGAGACGACCCUUGGUGUUAUUCGACUGUUUACGACGAUCCUGCCGGAAGAGGCACUUUCCGAGACCAGGGAGGAGCUUUGGGCCGACGUCGCAUCGUAUCUCGGCCACUCUCAACCGUCUGUGAAGCUGGCUGCUGUGAAGUCGUUCAACUCUUACCUGACUGACUUUGCAAAGAAACGUACCAAAGCCUUUGCAGGAGAGGCGAUCAGCGGCUCACACGGCCUCACUCUGACCCUGGAUUCCAUGUACAGAUUCAUACGCCUCGCUCUCGGCUCCCUGAACAGCAACGACGUCGAGGAGACAUUGGCCAACGAGUUAGUACAAGCCACCGUUUUCCUUGGCACCAGUCUCCCAGUGUUGGCUGCCGAGGAGGAAGAGGAGGUUGGGGAAGAAGAUUUGGAGGAGGAGGCCGGCGAGCAAGACCAAGAUGCGGCUGCGCAGGGAAGACGAGGCGUGGAUUACCUAUUCUGGAGGUUGUCACACAUUCUGCGACGGGAGAUCCCGCCCAAAUCUUCAGCCAUCAACUCCAAGGUGGCUGCCAUGGAGGUCCUGGAGACGGUAUGCCGCCGCGUGUUCAACACGUCGGGUCGACCUUGUCUGAAGACGAUCCUGGUACCACUGCAGCAGCUUACGGAUCCAUCCAUCGCGGCCCCCUUCAGCAACGACGAGGUUUUCAAGACCAAGCUUGAAGGGGUCAAGACCAGAGCUCAGAUCAUGAUGGACUCGUUGCAAAAGAAGUUUGGCACCGCCGUCUACAGCAAGGUCCUGCUAGGGAUCCGGGAAGAAGUGAAGGCCAGGAGGCAUCAGAGGAAUAGCAAGAGAAGGAUUGAGGCAAUCACGCAGCCCGAGAAGUACGGAAGGGAGAAGAGGAAGAAGUUUGAAAAGAACAAGGAGAGGAGAAAAGUGCGGUCCAAGGAGCAAAAGGUGGCGAGGCAAUCUUACAAGGGGUGGUGA